GGUCGUUGACUAUGGUCCAUCCAGCUGUUUACAACUACACAACAGAGAGAGUAGAGAUUAGAGAUGGGGAAGGGAGAGAAUGGUUUCUAGAAUCUGAUAGGCAACAGAAGAACUACAGAAGUAACCAAUCAGUGGAAGCUGAAGAAAACAGUUUUGUUUGCUGGUGAAGUUGAAGUAGAAAUUAAAUAUUGGUAGAAAAGAAUAGAAGACGAUAAAAUAAGAAACGGAGUUGAAAAUAGUAAAGUCUUAAGAAGUGUUUAUAGUUAGAAAGUGCUUGUCUGAGGAGUAGGACCAAGUAAUACUAUUCCGUUCAUGGGUUAAAUGUUUUUAGUAGAUAUUUAGUGGACCUAAGGAUUGUACUAAAAACAUUAAUUUUAAUACAACACUUUUCUUUGUUAAAAUGGUAGAUAGUAAGGUUAAUGUGAAUUUUGUUUGCCAAAGAUGCUUACAACCUUUGAAAAUAGAUCCUUCUUUUGGAAAUAUAAAUGAGCACACCAUUGCAGAAUUAUCAUUGCCAAUACUUACGAGCCCUGAGGUUGAUCUGGAGUCACAGACAGCAAGCCUAGAUCAUAUGGUGCCUGCAUUCCGACUGAUCGAUUCAGCCAAUGGAAGCAACGGGUUCAUGCUGGUUGGCAAUGAAACACCAACUGCAGGCUUAAGUCAUAUUAUGAAAACGGCCAGUCUGUUUGACAUUGUGUCAGCCAACUCAGAGGUGGAUCAUCCAUUGUGUGAGGAGUGCACAGACACUCUCUUAGAUCUUAUGGAUCAACAAUUGCGUCUCACCGAGGAUGAGUGGAAUGACUACAGCCAGUUCCUUAAAAGGUUAGAAAAAGAAGAAACAAGUGAUGGACAUGAGACUUUGAUGCAAGAAUUGUCUAGUUUAAAAGAAGAGGAAGAGCGGCUGAAGGCUGACUUGUUGGCACUUCAAGAAGAACACCAAGCUGUGGAGAGAGAUUUGAAAGAGCGGGAGUUAGAGAGAGAAAGGUUAGAACGAGAAGAGGACAGAUACUGGCGAGAGUACAGCAGGCAUAGACGUGAUCAUAUGAUUAAUGAAGAUGAGCUGCAAAGCAUUGAUUGCCAGCUGGUGUAUGCUCAGAACCAACUAGACAAACUGAAGAAAACUAAUGUGUUCAAUGCAACGUUUCACAUCUGGCACAGUGGCCACGGACACUUUGGUACAAUCAACAACUUCCGGUUGGGUCGGUUGCCAAGUGCCCCAGUAGACUGGAGUGAGAUCAACGCAGCAUGGGGACAGACUGCACUGCUCCUCACAGCACUAGCACGCAAGAUGAACUUAACUUUUGAUAAAUUCAGAAUCGUUCCGUAUGGGAAUCAUUCUUAUAUCGAGGUUUUAUCAGAGCACAAAGAACUGCCUCUGUACGGCUCCGGAGGAUUUCGGUUCCUGUGGGACACCAAGUUUGACGCAGCAAUGGUGGCGUUUCUUGACUGCCUGCAGCAAUUUAAAGAAGAAGUAGAGAAAGGAGACUCAGGAUUCUGUUUGCCCUAUAAAAUGGAUAGAGGAAGAAUUGAAGAUGCUUCGACUGGAAACUCUUUUUCGGUCAAAAUCCAGUUCAAUUCUGAAGAACAGUGGACCAAAGCUCUCAAGUUCUUGUUGACAAAUCUCAAGUGGGGCCUCGCAUGGGUCUCGUCCCAGUUCGCCAAGGAUCAAAUCAAAUUUCUCAAGAAUGAACUACGAAUUGAUCAACCCAUAGAUGUAUAAAGAAGUUGUACAAACAUAUAUUAUUGUCAAAAUAAGCCUUGAUAAGUCAAUGUCUUGUCCAUUGUUACAUUCUUAUUGUAUUGACUAAAAGUCAUAAUGUAGAAUUGCUAAAAAAAAUAACCCACAGGGCCAGAAAAAUUUAAUCAAAUGUUUAGUUGAAUGUAACGAGCAUGAGAAAAAUCCUUUAUCACUAAAGUUUAUAUGAGUAUAUUUUUUCUACCAGUUUAUAGAAAACUGACCACAUAGAAUAAUUAAGGUUAGCUUAUUAUUUAAUGUCUAAGACUGAAGAAAGGUCACUAAGCCAGCAAAGUUACAAAUAAUAAAGAAAAUAGCAAAACUAAAUGGAUCGUAGCGAAGUGCAUUAAAACACAUAUAUUAAAAAUAUAUUUAAUUAUUACAAGUGUAUUUUUCAGAAGGGAGUUCACAAUGUAAUGAGUUAGUUAUGCAUUGCUACGCAGUCAUACAAAUAAGAUUUAACACUGAUGCCAACUAUUGAUUACUAAAGAGGAACACUGUAAUGUAUAUAAUAUAUUAUUAUUGAUUUUGUUUUGUAGUUAGGAGAAUCACAGGAUUGUGAUUUCAAUAGUAAAUACAUUUUUAAUACUUCAUUAUUUAAAAGUACUUUCGCCGGUUAAGGCAUCAUUAGUUUAUGAUAUAAACAGAAAACCAGUUAAAUUAAAAUUGUAAACUAAUACUUAAGAUCAUAAAGUAAUAAAUUAUAAAAGUAUUAUGUGGGAAAAUAUGGUUUACAAUUAAUAAUUUUUGAAUGAAUUUCUUCUUUUACUAAAGGUAGGAAUAUGUAACUGAAUUUACAGAAAGUUCAGAAAACAUUCAUUUUUUGAACCGUUUUCUAUGCACUUUCAAUUUUGUUUUUCUUGGUCUAUGAAGAUUCAAAAUUUAUAUGACGAUUUUCUUUUAUUGAAUGUUCUACUAAUUUAGACUUUUUAAUGUUUUAUUUUUUUAUAAUUAUAAAUGUGUCUUUCAUUCUCGUUCCUACAGGUCUGUCAUAUUGGUUUGUCCAAUAAAAGUUUUUGUUUGCAUCCACAGCAAUUUAAUAAAAUACAUUUUUGGCUUCUUGUCCCUUUCUUUUGUUUUAAUUAGGUUAAGUAACUUCUUAUAUUGUUAGAUGAGUUAAUAACAGUACGGGUGUUAAAUUUAGAAUUUAUGUUACAAAUAGUAACUGUAGUGAAAUAAUUAGGAUUGUCUCUUUUGUUCAUUUACUUAUAACUAUUAUUUUUAGUUUCAGGUUGCUAAAUAAUUUAUCUAGGAUAAUUUAUUCAUAUUAAAAUUUCAGUAGCAUCUUUUUCUUCGUCAUCAGUCACUAAUCUACCAAUCCUCUUGAACAAACUGUACUAAUCCAAUUAUAACAUGUUUAGGAUGAUUUGAAUUAUAAUUAGCUACUGUCCACUAAAAUUAUUCUUGUAAUGCAAUGACUUUUGAAAAAUGAUUUCUUUUUUUCUUUUGUUAUUAAAGUACCAAAAAAGUGAUUUUCAUCUUACACCUUAUUUUUGACAGCAAAUUUUAUUGAUUGUAUUUAUGUGUUUUAAAAAUUAAUUUUGAAUGUUAAUUUUAUUUUCACAUACACAUAAGACAUCAGUGACAUAACUGAACCAAGUUUUAGGUUUAAUACUCCCAAUUUUUAAAGGCAAGGUUUUCAAAUUGGUCUGUAAAUAUGUUACCAAUUAUUGGGCUGAGAACACCAAUCAUAGGUAAACCAGAUACUAGAUUGUAAAAUCUGUCUUGUGUCUGGUAGUAAUUGUGGCUAACACAUACAGUAAGUAGUUCCAUCACACAGUUAAUAGAUAAGUUGUUCUUAUACUGAAACUGUUGUCAUUAGUAAGUAGAUGUGAUUUAUUGUAUUUCCCCUGUGAGAAUCCAACUCAUUGUAAGAAGAUUCAUUGGGUUUAUAUUUUUAUGUUUUUUGUAGAAAAACUCCCUUUUAGGGGUAUUAUUACUAAGAUACAUUUAGCAAUAUUUUAUAUUUUUGAAGUGUUUAAAUUGGUUUUAUGAAUUUGAGUAAAUUGAUUCUGUUUUAAUUUUGAUCUAAAAUACCUAAAAAAACAUAUGCAUACGGCUUGCACAAAAUACUAAAAAUAGUAUUCUAUGUAGUAUCUAAAAAUGUAUUUAAAAAUUGGAGUUACAUUCUUGAAAGCCCCUUCGGGAGGGCAACGAUUAUAAUAUGUCAAAAAGUAGACACUAUAGACCUAGAGAUUGUCCCUGGGUUUAUUUUUUUUUGCAGCCUUUUAAAAAUUAGUAUGAGAGAAGACUUUAUAAUAACCCUGCAACUGAAUGUUGAUUUCUAUAUAAAACAUGCUUUCUAGUUUCUUGACAGCUGUCACUAAAUAAUCUGUUUCCUUCCAUUCCUAGCUCCCAAAUAGUAUACUGAAAUAACAGAAUUAUUUUCUCAUCAACACAACACAGAACAGGGUAAAUUAAAAGUGAAAUUAAGACAUUCAAUCCUAGGGCAAAACAUUUAAUGAUCAGCAGUCACUCUUUGUAUGAAAUUGUCUGUGGAGUAUGACUUGAAAGUUGUUGUAAAAAUAUAACUAAAAUGUUACUUACUUCUAAAAAAAUGAAUGUCCUAAAUUUUUAUUUUUAUUUUAACAUGUUUUUAAAGAUUGCUUCCUUCACGGGCAACAUUUUAAAUAAAAAUUCCACAUAAUUUCAUUGCUUCACAACCGAAAGUUACACGAUGUGCCCACCCAAGUGAAAUGGGUAGAACAGUAAUUUGCAUAAACAUUGAAAGAAAUUCUUUAUCCCAAAAUGGGUAUUAAAAGUAGGAGGAUACACAAUAUAAAUAUGAAUCUUAUUCUUCGUUAACUUUUUAUAAAUUUACAAAAAUGCUAUUUCAUGUUAUGGCUAUUUUUUACAUCUCAUAAAAAAUGUAAGUUAAGAACUAUAUUUUUAGGAAAUCAAGCAUUUAAUUGGCAAUGGCAAAAAGUAAACUAUCUGUAUCUCAAUGUACAGUAAAUGCGCUUUUCUAUCGAAAUAUUAAAUUUACAUAUUGAGUCUGUGAGAAGCAGCAAAACCUCUGGCCACCAUUAAUCACUUCUGCUUGCCGUCAGAUUGUGACACUGUGAAGAAGUAGUGAGCUUUCACUAUUUCUUAAUUUCAAUUCCUAUAUACCUGGUAUAGAAGGAGCUUGGACCAGCUGUCACAAAAUCAUGUGACAAGUAUUAGCCUGACAAAAUCUAUCCCUGUAUUGUUCAGCAAGCUGACAUACUGAACAUUUCAGUGUUUGGAUGUAGUAUACAAUGCUAAUGCUUCAGUGUGUAUGGAUGUGCAACAUUGCAUAACCUAAAUUGUGUUUUGAACUCAUUUCUCUGAAUGCCACUUGUAUUGUAAAUGUUGAUUGUUUAAUAAGUGUAUUAACCAUCAUCAGUAUUGCUGGCUUUCUUUCAAUUAAAUUAUUUUCUGAGCGUAAAAAGAGUCAUGUACAUCUUGUAGGUUAGUAAUCAUAGAGCAUAUUAAUCAUAUCUCUACACUAACGUGGCAGGACAAGACAGUAGUGUAAUUAUGGUAUGUUAUUGCCUGACAAUAUUUUUGGUGUGGAUGAAAUAUAUUUGUUGUGUACGAUUACAUUACUGUAAAUACAAAUUAUUAAUAAUUUUGUAGUACUCGAAUGCUGUCACAUUAUUUGUCUUCUAAAAUUAGGUAAGCCUCUACAAUGUUAACGGUCAAAAGCUGCCUGUGCUCAACUCUCCCAGUCCAUCUGAGCAGCCAAAAUUGAUUUAUGUCUUUUUGUUAUUAUUUCCCUAGAUUGUACUGCCAUCAAGUGGAUUCCUUGUAAUUAUUUGAACGUUUAAUUAGAUUUAGCAUUAUUUAGUUGUAAUUUGUGUAUGAUUGUACAUGUAAUGUUCAGACUUUGUCAAAAUUAUGUACAUUGUUAUAUAAAAGUAAAUCAUUUACAAGUACGUUUUAUGAACUUUAAAACAGAGCAAAGAAAUAGACUAUUUUUUAACAAUUACAUGUUUAAAGAAAAAAUCAAGUCAUGGAGUCGUAAUAAUAUUUACAUUAACUAUAAAUAAGAAAUAUGGUCUGUCUGAAGUGAAACUGCUUACCAACAUUUAUACAGGAGAGGAUUAAGGUACUGUAAAGCAUGAUUCUAAACCAUUUUAAAAUCUCCCAUGAGUAAUUAAACAAGACUUCCUUCCAGUGAAUGGACCUACAAAUGCCAGUCCAUUUUGGAAUCAUUUAAAAGAACUUGUUAUUUUUAAAUGAGAAAUGUACUAAAAAUGGAAUAUGAUCAAAUUCAAUUGUGUUAUAUUAAUGUUACCCUCCAUGGAUAACUUUCUCUGACACCAAUUCUGUACUCAAGAUAAUAUUUAUAAAGAUGUAUGAUUUUUAUUGUAGUAUUUGUAAUAAUUAUACAAUUUUGGAACUAGUUUAGUGUAGCAUUUUUCUACAAUAAAUUGUAUUUUAAGAAAUCGACUAUUAAAGUCCUCCCUUGGCAAAGUAGUAAACAGACAGAAGGAGGAUAAAAUUCUAAUUUAAUGAAAUGAAUUGAUUGACUGUAGGAUAACCAGAUAUAGAUAUUAGAUACCUUUUGUAUAUGUCAAUUUCAAUUGAGCUAAACCUAAAUAUGUUAUAAGCCGUUAAAAUGUCCCUUAUAAAUUGUAAUAGUCAGAAGCAAAAUUAAUGACACUUUUGGAAUGCAAGUGAUUAGUUGUAUAGGAGUAGUUUAUAAUAUCACAAAUUUUUGGGGUUUGUUUGUAUAAGGACAACUUGUUGAAAGUGGUAAAAAAAAACUCUUAUGGAAUCUAAAGAAAUUUCAAACUUUGGAGACAAAGUAAUUAAAAUGGGUGAACGCAUUC